ACGGCUGAAGUUUGGGGGAAGGUCGCCAGGAGUUCGGGUGUGUCGGAAAGUUGUCGUCCACGGCUGCAGUUUUCAGUUUUGUGGCUGCUCCGGGUGCAGGAGAUGGAACCGAUCAACACCUGGAGUCCGCGCAGGGUUUCGCUGUGGCUACAAGGCCUUGACAGUACUGUGCAGAAAUAUCCAUUUGACCAAUGGCAAGUGAAUGGGGAGCAACUUCUGCGAUUAUCACAGCAGAACCUGGAGGAACUGGGUGUGAAGCAAAUUGGGCACCAGGAGCUGAUUCUGGAAGCAGUGGAGCUACUGUGUGCACUGACCUAUGACCUUGAGACAGAGAAUCUGAAGAUUCUGAUGGAGAAGCUGAGAGCUGUCUCUGGAACCCUUCAGUCCUUCAUCGUCAGUCGGAGGAAGGCCACCCCCAGUCCACAGAGAACUUCUGGAGACCUCCUCUGCUCUGUUAUUGACCUUCUUCAAAUCACCAAAGCUAUUUUUUCCUGGCUGAACAGGUACCCAUUUAUAUGUAUAAUAAAUUACACCGAAAUGAAGAAAGAGAUCAUCAGGUUAUGCAUGGAGCUAGCAGAAACUAUCCAUAAGGAAUACAGCCAGACAGAGAAAGAAAACUGGAUACUUAGCAUUUGCAGAGAGCUCUCCAGUUUCUGUGAAAAUAUGGUCAUGGAAAGCCCUGAGGAGUUAGUGAAUCAACGUGCCUGCCUGGAGACUAUACAUUUACUCACCACUUCACCAGGACAGAGUCUGGGAAUUGAAAUCAAGUCAAAUAAUGGGCUGCAUUUUAUCACGGGGACUGCACUAAAUUCUCCAGCUCAACGCUCUCAGAAGAUUCGGCCAGGAGAUGAGGUGGUCCAGGUGAAUGAUAUGGUUGUGGUUGGAUGGACAUUGAAUAACCUGGUUGCCAAACUGCGAGAGAAUCCGAGCCAAGUGGUUCUUGUUAUGAAAAAGUUGCCCCUUGAUAUAUUACCGUCUCUAUGUAUCUCUGAGCAUAUACAUCCAUACAAAUCCCAAUUAUCACAGUUACCAGAAAGUCUUUUAGAAGAUGAAACAUCAUGUCCAGAUACCAGUGUACUCUCUGAUAGAUUUGUGCAUCAUUCUCAGAAAGAUGAUAAGGUGGGGGUCCAGCAAUUCACACAGGGUGACUUCAGCGCCUCUGAAACCAACACAGUCUGCAAGGAUGAGUUUCAGUCAGUGCAGUCUGACUCUGACACCAAAACUGAGUCUGUGAGUGAAGCUGGAAAAGGAGACUUUGUGCAGCCAGAAUUGUCCCACACCGAGGGUGAGCACAUGCAGGUAGCAAGUCAGAUAUCCGAAGAGAGUACUAUGACUUCAGAUGAAAGAGGGGAGCUCAUGACUGAUGAUUCACCAACUUCCCAAUCUCCAAGAAUAAUAGAGCCUCAUAAAAUUGAAGGUGGAAUGAAAUAUGAUCCUGAGCAUGAAGCAAUGGCAAGAUCACCAUCAGCAGAUGAUGCGAGAGCAGUCCAGUUACGUAACAGGCGGAAGAAAAAGGGUGUAGCAACUGCACUGAGUCGCAGACGAAUUUCAUGCAGGGACCUUGGUUUGGGUGAAUGUUAUGGCUGGCUUUGGAAAAAGAAGGAGCACACUAGAUUCAUGAGCCAGAAAUGGAAGCGCUGCUGGUUUGUCCUGAAGGGCCACACCCUAUACUGGUACAACAGUGAGAAUGAUGAGAAAGCUGAAGGAUUGAUCAAAUUGUCGUCAUACUCCGUGGAGGCAGCUGGUGAGCACAAGAGGAAAUUUGUGUUCCAGCUUUGUCACAGGAAGUUCAAGUCUUUUGUGUUUUCAGCAGACAACGUGGAUGAAAUGAGGAAGUGGAUUAACAGCCUCAUCAGUGCUAUACAAAAAUACAAAACCGAGAAACAUUGUGAAAACAAAGAGGAAGACUGCUGGAGUGAGACAGAGACCGAAGAGUGCGAUGAUUCUCUAGAAGUGCCUUCUGCUUCCAGAUCUAAAUCCUACCCCCAGGCUCAGAGGACCAGUGACUUUUCUCCCACAGCACGACUCAUGCCAUCAGCAGGUAACAAUGGAACAAGUGGGCGUGUCGGAGAUCCUGGCAGUGGGCCAUCCAGCCCCAGUUCAGAACCCAGUCAGAGUUCUAAUGAUGAACUGGAGGUGUUAAUAAAAGUCUUGGAGCAGGGUGGAGUGUCAUUAAUUGGUAAAGAACAACCCUUUCGAAAAGAUUAUCAUCAGUCAUUCAUCAGACGAAACAAGAAUCCAAUCAUCAACGAGAAAGCACACAAUCUGCGAGCACUUAAGAGCACACUAAAGGCCAAAAUUGUAGAUCUACAAUCAAUCAACAAGAUCCUGGAUGAUCCUAAUUUGACAGCAGCAAAAUACCGAAUUUGGAAAGAGGAAAACCAGGAGCUGCUUGCAGAUAUCCAGAGGGUUCAGCAGCUUGCAAAGAAAGAAGAGAAGGCGAAAGCUGAACAUCAGUCAAUUCCUGAACCAGACCUGCAACUGGGAGCCAUGGAGAAUCCUCUAUCUUGGUUUGAUACGGGUCAAAUAUUGGCAGAAGCUUCAGCUUCCAUGUUACAUGGAGAACUGGAGAAUAAAAAAGAUAUCUGUUCAGAUAGCACUGUGCGAUUAGGAUCUGGAGAAGAUGUCUGUGAGGAAGGACUAAAUUCCCAACAGGACUCGGUUAUUGGCAGGAUUCAAAGAUGUCUUUAAUCAUUCUGUAAAUCCGUAUCCAAGCCACUGAAUGAAUCCCAAAAUGAAACUAGAGUUUGGAAUUGGGCACUGUUUAUUCAGAAGACAUUGCUUCCAAGAUUCUUUUCAUACACAUUGACAAGAAAUGUAACCUGGUUUUAAAAAUAAUUCUUGCAACAAAGGUAAUCAAACUGGUUAAACAGGAAAGAGAAGCCAUAUUAUCAAGAGUUUCUGUCACAUCAUUUUUAUAAAGAACCCAAACAUUUUAGGCAAUCAUUCUUUCAAUCCUUGCACGUAAAUCAAGAUUCAUCACUCUGGAAAAUUUUUCAGGCAUCUUUUUCCAACUUGCAGCAAUUUAUGUGUGCUGAACAGUAGUGUCAUGAACAAACUAGAAAUGUGCUGCCCUUGUGUAGACACAGCUACACUCAAAACAUCAAGUGCAAUUGUUCAACUGCAUCAAACUGUGUUCAGUCUCCCCUUAACUCUUUUUCUCCACCUUUUACUCCAUUCUACAGAUGUUCUACACUGAAUCAAAAAUCAAUGUACCAUUUCCUUUGCAAAUUCAAGCCCUCCCUGUGUCUCAGUUGUUGAAUGUCUCAUCCCCAUUAGCAUUCUCUUUCCCUGACAAUGCAAGGAUUUUUAAAGAUAAACUUGUUGGUAUUAUCUUCAACUCCUUGGCAGUUUUCUUCAAGCACAAUGGUGUCAUGCACUGAGCUUUAUUUUUCAUCUUGAUUUCAAAACAACAUGAUUGAUAGUUCCUGAGUUUGGGCACUCCUUUUAUGUGCAUUGACAGUUAAAUAUUUGCUCAUGCAGUUCACCUAUAGUAUUCCUAAAUCAAGUGUUUAUAGUUUUGAAUACAUACUGACAUAUUCCUCAAAUGCCAUUCUCCUAACACUACAUCUUUGCUGCUGCAGAGUAUACCAAAGAACACUUGCAGUGGCUUGAAACUGUAGACUCUUUGUUUGCCAAUCUUCCUAGAAAAAAAUGUUGCUGAAUUUUUCCCCUUUUGUUAAUUUAAUGUUGCUGGAAACUUCAAAUCAUAGAGAAGCAGUUAUUUUACUAGAUAAAUUAGAUAUUAAAAUCCUGUUGUAGAACCCUCAAUUGAUUUGAGUUUUGGAAAAUUUACUUUGGGUUUCAGAAUUGGUGUUUGAUAUGUAUCUCUUUGUGUCUCAAAGAGUUUAGGAGGAACUGUUUUUGAAUGUAUCCUCUUCCAACAGGUGUCAAGCUUUAGAAACUGAGGUUUCUUCUCUCCUCGACCUAAGGUCAUGACUACGUAACAAAGCCAUUACUUUCUAAUAUUCACUAAGAUAACCAAUGUGCACAUGUCUUUUGAGUAUCUGUAGAUUAUCUGACAGCAGAGAAAAUUGUAACCAAGCCUGCUCUUAUAUUUACUGGUACUUCCAGGACAGAUUCUGAAUUGUAAUUACAAGCAGAAGUCUGGACUAUUUUCCUCCCUCAAUCCAAGUUUGCCAGGGCCAACAAAAACAUCAGAAUACCAAGGUAGCUGAGACUGACUACCAGCACUGUUUAGGGAUCAAACCUCGAUUGUUCUUGAUCUACGUGGCUCUGAGAUGGAGAUCACUUCUAAGGUGCUCCUGCUUUCUUCAGCCUUAGUAAUACCUGCACUUGAUUUCCAGGUUUUAAAAACAUGGGUUGUUCAAUCCCAA